AUGACUAAAACCCAACAACCAGCUGUUUUUUACGUUAACGCUGCUUUAUUCGACUGUGAUGGUACUUUGGUUAACUCCACCGGUGCUAUUUCUGAAUUCUGGAGAGAUUUCGGAAAAACUAGACCUCAUGUUGAUCCAGAAGAAAUUAUUAGAACCUCCCACGGUUGCCGUACAUUUGAUGUCAUUGCCAAAUGGUCACCAGAAGAUGCAAUUGAAGAACAAGUUACUGCAUGGGAAGGUGCUAUUCCAGACACUUUUGGCCACCACGCCAAACCAAUUCCAGGUGCCGUUGAAUUAGUCAAAUCAUUCGAUAAAUUUUCUAAAGAAGCCACUGAAAACGGUAAGCAAAGAUGGGCCGUUGUCACUUCUGGUACUUUGCCAUUAGCUACCAAAUGGUUAAAAUUAUUGACCAUUGAAAAGCCAGACUGUUUUAUUACUGCUGAAAAAGUCACUAAAGGUAAACCACAUCCACAAGGUUAUCAAUCCGCUAGAGACGCUUUGGGUUACCAUGAUGCCCACUACAAGGUUGUUGUGUUUGAAGACGCUCCAGCUGGUAUAACCGCAGGUAAAGGUGCUGGCGCCAUGGUUGUCGGUAUUUGCUCAACUUACGAUCCAGAAAAGGUCAGAAAAGCUGGAGCUAAUAUUGUUGUCAAAGAUUUAUCCAGCUUUAGAAUUGACUCAUACAACAAGGAAACUGACGAAUUCAAAGUUGUUGUUGACGACUACUUCUUUGCUGAUGAACAAUUUUUACAAGAAUCUGCCUAA